AUGUCCGCCAAAAUCUACAACCGUGGGCUUUUUCUCGGAGAAACAAUUCAGGAAAAAACCCGGUCCUUAUUGGGCUGGAACGAUCAGAACAUUCCAUCAACAGUCAACGAUAUGGUACUUAAUCGUCGACCAUCGACUGGUCUGUUAUCUGCAAGUCGUCGUCAUCCUUACGCAAUACCAGCCGGUCGAGUACGAAAAAAUAGUUCAAGUUCACUGUCGACAUGUAGCGAAUACUCGGAACCGUCGCCCAGCUAUAGUGUUCGCUCCUAUCCAGAAUCUGUUAGUCCGGAUCCAUUCUUUUCGGACUGUAAUUCACCGUAUGUUUCGCCACCAAAUCCAGCAUUUCGAUCUGCUGAACGCGAAGCACGAGUUUUUGAACGUUUGCGGCAGUUGGUACCGGUCUUACCAACUGAUCGAAACGCCUACCAAGUCUUAAUUGAUACUGUAUCGCAAGUAAUGGAUCUUGAGCACCAGUUGGAACAGUUGAAUGAACAAACUGAAGAUGCAAAAAACAGUUUACGCCUUGCAGAAAGCUACACAAAUUUUGACAACUCGGUGUUUCCGGACGAUUUAGAAUCUGUGGAUGUUUCUGCAUUUAAACACCUAAUAUAUUCAGAUAGUUAUGGUCAACAUUUGCCAGAUUUAAACUCCUAUACAUCGUGA